AUGGCAGGUGCACUUGACGACGAGCUUCUCGCGCUCGCAGGCUCGUCCGAGGACGAAGGCAGCCGCCCGCGCGCCAACAAGCGCUCACCAUCGCACGGCACAUCGUCGCUGGCCAAGAAGCGGCGGCUCGACCUGCUCGACGAGUCGGGCUCGGGCUCGGACGCCGAUGCUCCCGGAUCGGACGACGAUGCUGCGCCCACGCGCCGCGCCCGACCACGCGCCUCUUCCUCCGACGACGAGGUCGCAAACCCGUACCCGUACCAGGGCAUCUACAAAUCCGCACGCGACAUGGAGGAGCUCAUGGCGAUGAACGAGCUCGAGCGCGAAGACAUCCUCGCGCGCCGCAGAGACGAGCUCAACCAGCGCAGGCAAAAGGUCGAACUCGCCGCCCUCGUCAAAGCGCAGCAGGCAGCUGCAGGCGCCUCCAAGAAGGCGGCGCGCAAGCACGAGACCAAGAGCAAGCGCCGUGUGGUUCGUGGCGGAGGAGGUGGUUCCGACUCGGACCUCUCGGAGAGCGAAGACGAGGAUGCGGAUGGCGAUAGCGACUUUGCGUACAGCGGCGCCGCUUCGGCUGCAAAGAGCCGCACGAAGAAGAUGCCGGGCCAGACCGAUGCCAAGUCGGCCAAGCUGUCCGAGCUGCGCAAGAGGCGCAAGGAGAAAGCGGCCGGCACCACGUCUCGCGUUUCGGACGAUGAGGACAAGGUGCGCUCGCGACGCGGAUACGCAAGUUCGUCCGACGACGACUCGUACGCCUCGUCGGACGAUGACGAUCUGUACUCGCGCCGACCCAAGGACACGCGUCGCAGCCGCGCCGACGAGGGAGGCAGUUCCGAGCCGCCUAGCCUUGCCGAGCUCAAUGCGGCGCGCAUCAGCCGCGAGCGCAUCGAGCAGCGUCUGUACGCACCGCGCUGGAAAGAUGUGCUGACGGGUGCGUUUAUCCGUUUUGCCUGGAGACGCGCGCGCGAGGACGGACAGGGCACCGAAGAGGUGUACCGCAUCCACCAGGUGACCGACGUGCACGAGAAGCCCGGCAGGUACUACGACCUCUCGGACGACCGCAGUGGGCGGUGGUGCAACGUCUACCUCGCCUUUGAACAUGCGGGUGAAGAGCGCGAGAUCCGACUGUCGAAUCUGUCGCGCUCGCCGUUUAUCGAGUCGGAACGCGAGAGGUGGCUGCUCACGCUGCCGGCGUACAAGCAAAAGAUCCCGCGCGCCAGCACGGUGGCUGCCAAAGCGGACGAACUCGAGAAAUUCUUCGACACACCGCUGACCGAGGCGGACAUCAAGAAGGUGCUCGAGCACAAGAAGAAGAUCCGCGCCCAGGCCGCCUCGGUCAUGGGCGGCGCUACGCCCAGCACCACCGACUCGGACGGCGCAAAGAGCCUCGAGGCCAGGCUGGCCGCCGUGCACGAGAGGAACCGCGCAAAGGAUCGAUCCCGACCCGACGCCAAGUUGAAGCAGAAGUUGGCCCCGAGCACCGCUGCGUCCGGUACGGCCACCCCGACCGCACCCGUGGAGAGGCAGCCGGCGCCCCAGAUCACAAACAAGUUCGUCACGCUCCCCAAUUUUGCCGCCACGGUCAACGUCGAUCUGGGCGAUUUCUAG